AUGAAGAGCUCUCACUCUUCAUUAUCCACCGCCUCCGGCCACCGGCUUUUGGUUUUGACGACUUUUCUCCUCCUACUCCUCCUUAUAGUCGCAUCAUCAAACUCGACGUCGACAAAAACCUCUUGUCCAGAUCAGCAGCACUUCCGCCGCCGCCGCCACCACCAGUACCAUUCUUGCAAUACAAUCUCCUCCUCCGCAGCGCCGCCUCCUAUGUGCUUUGAACGUCAAAAGAUCAGCUUCUGUUCGCCUCUUGGCCCUCUUCCACCGCCACCGCCUGAUGAUGACGAAAUUGACCCAAGAUACGGAGUAGAGAAGAGACUCGUCCCCUCCGGCCCCAACCCUCUUCAUAACUGA